ACCAUCUUGGAAAACAGUCAUUCGGCUGCUAUGACCGUGUUCAGACGUACUAGAAAUCUUCAUCCACGCGGUUGGCAGCGACGAACUUUGAGUGAGCAAUUAUCACCCUACUACCUUUGCACAUAGCGACGAGUGUUGUUUGACCUAGAUGGCUAGCGCAGAAGUGUUGUUACCAUCGCCCAGAGUAAACAUGUUAGACUCGGUCACAUUGACUAGUGUUGACAACGUGGCGCUGCCCAGCAUGUGCGGGGGGCCGCACCGGGGCCUGCGGCGCCCCUCGGGCACGGCCGAGAGCGAGAGCGACUCCCCGCCCAGCAAGAAGAGCAAGAAGGCGCGCCGCAGGAGGAAGAAGAAGCCGCGGCAGCGGGCCAGCGCCAACGGCCUGCGGACCAAGCCCGUGGCGCCCCUCAACACCACGCAGUUCCUGAUGGCGGAGCACGACCAGCUGCAGGACACGGACAUCGUGGCGGCCCGCCCGCGCCGCCACCGCGACUCCUCCUUGAGCGUCGACUCCGAGGACCAGGCCUACGACGAGUUCUACUCCUCGCCCGAGGACGAGGAGGAGUUCCUCACGCGGGAGUUCUGGACGGCCUACGAGGACGUGCACGCCGAGCGCCUCGACACCAUGACGAAGGCGCAGCUGGUGCAGGAGUACCUCGCCCUCGAGGAGAAGGUGGACCUGCUGGAGCGGCAGCUGCGCGCCGUGCGAGCGCGGCACCGCCAGCGGCAGCAGGAGCAGGGCCCCGAGGAGGACGAGGACGAGGACGAGGAGGACGUGGGCCCCGGCGAGGUGCUGGUGGACGAGGAGACGGCGGAGAAGAUCUCCAUCUUCCAGUCGGAGAUCAGCAGCCUCGAGACGGAGAACCGCCGCCUGCGGGAGGAGAACUUCAAGCUGCGGCGCUGCUCGUCCGCCAGGUCGUCGUCGUCGUCGUCGUCCUCGGGCGACUCGAGCAGCGACUCGAGCAGCAGCAGCAGCAGCGACUCGAGCAGCGACAGCGAGAUGGAGGACGACGAGCGGGCCAAGGCGGCGGCGACCACCUGUUCGUCGCCCUCGAGAGGCGGCCCCGAGGCGGCGGCGCCCGACACCAGCGUCCGGCCCGCCGCCGCCGACACCUGUGCGGGCGAGGCGGCGCGCCUGCUCGCCCCCGAGGCCCGCCCCGACAGCGGCGUGGCGAGCGGCGGGGGCGACGCCCCCCUCCCCACGCAGCCCUCGUCCUUCACCACGCCGCCCGCCUCGCCCACGCUCGAGGACGACCCCAAGACCAAGGGCGAGGUGAGCGCCAGCAGAUCCGCGGAGGGCGGCGGGGUCGAGGCCGAGGUCUCGAGCACCACCGCGACGUAGAGGUGACGUACUCUUAAGCACUGUGGCUCGCCCACGCACUCGGUCUGUGAUCUUAAACUGUGUAAGUCUAAGGAAGCGCAUGGUGUCUGGGCGGCGCCCACGGCCCUCGGAGUCGCGGUGUCAAGAGAGAGGGAGGGAGGGCGCGGAGGGCCCCACCGCCCGCGGCCGCAGGAGCUGCAGCAGCACUUCGGAUAGGGCUCCCCCCUCCCCCCCUGCUCGACCUUUGGCUAUCCCUCGAGAGUGCAAGAAGCGAUUCUGCAGGAGGUCGAGAAGAAGCGAGAAAGAAAGAAAGGGAGAGAGAAAAUUUGAGUGCUCGUGGAUGUGUUGGUGUUGGUGAAGAGAGAAGAGAGAGGAGAGGGCGGGCGCUGAACACUCUCGUGACCCCUCCCCCGCCCACCCUCCCUGCAGAGAUGACAACCGUGAACUCUUGCCCCCCCCCUCCCCGGGCCCAUGUGUAUUCUUGUGACAGCCUUCGGCGGCGGACAAAGUUUAUUAUAAUAGUCUUAAGGAUUUACAAAGUCGAUCUCUUUUUAUUGUUUAUGAAUGAUGAUGAAAGUGAUUUAUUUCUUCUCAUCUUAUUUCUUGUCUUUUGUGUCUUUAUUUUUACGGAUAUUGUAUGUACGAAGUGUCAGAAGGAGGUUUAUAAUAGGAUUUGUUUAUUUACUUGUUUUCAUUUAGCAAAUUUAACGUACACGAGAUGUGUGUGUGUAAAAGUUGCCAGACACCGCUAGUUUCCAGAUACCAGUCCGCCCAUGAAGACCGAUUUUGCUUUCGUUAUUUCCACUCUACAAAUGUCUUUCGCCGAGUUUUUCUGGUUUUACCAAUUUACUCUUUUGUUCCCUCAACUUCGCAUUCUGUCAUUUGUUAACAUUUCACGAGUCACUAUUUUUAAUAUUAAUAUCCUUUUGUCUCUGAAAAGAUAUCUUUAAGUAAAGCUGAAACUAUCAAAAUAGUUUUUUCUUAGUUACUCGUUCAAGUAAGAAGAGAGAGAAUCUCUCUCAUUUCCUGAAAGGAAGAGGCGGAAUUGUGUAUUUCAUUUUGUCAAUAUUUAUUUUUCCAUAGAUAAGGACGAUGAGAGUUGCGUGCUCACUUUGUAUUGUUGGAUCUCUUAGCGGACAUAUCUAGAAGCUAGUCAUGGGCCAAAUUCUGAAUGAACUCGGCACCUUCGAGGGGCGGCGGCCGUCGGCUCGGCAGACCCGAAGCCGUCGUCGUUUCCGAAGUGCUGGUUUUACCGUGGAUUUGAACCACCUUUAUAUAUAUAUUUUUCGUGAAGAGGAAAGAUAUAUGCCAAGCUAACAGGAUAUUAAAAAAGGAAUAUAUAUAUAGAUGGAUAUAUAUAUUAUAAAACAAGAUUUAUAUAUAUAUACAUAGUAUUUUCUCAUUUGUGUUUUUGUUUUGUUUUUGUCAUGGUUGGGCGUUCGUUUCUUGGCUGUGACUUGUGCUUAGGAUAUAAAAUGUUAUAGUUUUAUGUCCUAGCCAAUAAUGAUGUGCUCUUUUGGCGCCCUUGAAAUCACGUUAGACCUCUGUACUUUGGUUAAUCUUUACGUGUAAGUUUGAUCCAUAUACAGUGAUACUAAAUGGGUAUAUUUUUCUUGGCAUUUGUGUAAUCUUUAAGAGAAAUAAUAUCAUGGAGCAUUAAGUACGGAUCAGCAUAUUUCUUGUAUUAUUAUCAUCAUUAUUAUUAUUGUUAUUAUUAUUAUUAUUAUCAUUAUUAUUAUUAUUGUCAACAUUAUCACUAUUUAUCAUUAUCAGUUUGCUAGUUAUUCCUUUUUUUGCAAUUGUAAUUACUUUAAGAUUAUUAUUAUUAUUAUUUUUAAGCUUGUGAUCAUCUUUAUUCCUGUGACAUUGUGUUUGGUUUUGUUUUAUUGUACUUUGUGAACUUUCCUGCUCACGUCUUAUUGGUUAGUUGAAGCGUGGAUUCCACCAAUCAGCGACUUGCUAAGCGUGAAAUGGGCGGGGCAUAUGCGCGAUUGCCUUUUUCAUUCAUCGAUUUUUCAUUCAUGUUAUUUAUGGUUAGCGCAUAAAACUACGAUUGAGAUAUUCUUCAUUGCUGUAAUUGAUGUUUUUAUUAUUUGUGCUUAUUUAUUUUUAUUUUUUAACAUAUCCUGUUGAUGGCUGCGAGACACUUUAAGGCUAGAAUUCUGACUUUGAGACGCUCCUAAGACCGCGAAAGCCCACGAGUUCUGAUUGGCUGAGCGGCUUCUUGAGAUCGGUUUCAGAAUUCUUGGCAGCGAGUACAAAGUUCCCAUGAUUUAGCCCACUUGUUUAUUUUUUUAAAAAAGCAGAGUAUUUGUUAAGAUAAAUAAAAUGAAGAGUUAAAAAAAAAGUAACAAAGAAAUGAAAGUAUAUAUAUAUGGAUUGAUGUGAUAAAGUGAUGAUGAAAGCUCUAAGUCUAAGAAAGAAAUGAAGUCGAAUGACGUGGUUGAGAAGUGACUACAAGAUGGUUUGUUUCUUUUUUUCUUCUUCAUCCAUAUGCAAGAUUGUACGUUUGAGAUUGUUAUUAAACAGAAGAAAAAGGAAGUCGUACCUGAGGAAAUUGAGAGAAUAUUAUGGAAUGUGAUCUUUCCUUUUUUCAAAAUGUUAUGUGCUUCCUGAGCGGAGAUAUAAAACUGUAAAACAAAGAUUUUCCAUAAAUAAAUGAUCAUUUUAAUUUA